GGGCUGGAUGUGACCGAGCUCACCCGGCUGCUCCGUGUCCACAGCCUGGAGCUGGUGAUGGAGUUCACCAGCGAGACCUCCGACCAGAUCUUUGGUGCCAAGAUCCCCCACCACAUGCUGCUAUUCCUCAACAAGUCGUCAUCGGCACAGCUGACGCUGCGGGACGGCUUUCGGGCAGCUGCUCGUGCCUUCCGGGGCAAGGUGCUCUUCGUGGUGGUGGACGUGACCGGGCACGGCGCCAACGUCCUGUCCUUCUUCGGCCUGACGCCUGCUGACGCCCCCACCCUGCGCCUCAUCAAGAUGGAGAACAACCGCAAGUACCGGAUGGACCAGGACACCUUCUCGGAUGCUGCCAUACACACCUUCAUCCAGAAAGUGCUGGAUGGCAAGGUGAAGCCCCACCUGCUGAGCGCGGAGCCCCCUGAGGACUGGGACAUGCGGCCUGUUAAAGUCCUGGUGGGGCAGACCCUCGAGCAGGUGGCGUUCGACGAGACCAAGAACGUCUUUGUCAAAUUCUACGCGCCGUGGUGCUCCCACUGCCAGGCCAUGGCGGCCGCCUGGGAGGAGCUGGGGGAGCGCUACAAGGACCACGAGGACAUUGUCAUCGCCGAGAUGGAUGCCACGGCCAACGAGCUGGAGAAUGUCACCAUCAACGGCUUCCCCACCCUGCACUACUUCCCCGCGGGGCCAGGCAGGAAGAUGGUUGAGUACAAGAGCGCCCGAGAUGUGGAGACCUUCUCUAAGUUCCUGGAAAACGGAGGGACGCUGCCCGAGGAGCCACCUGCGUGCUCCUAA